CGGAGGAAGCAAAGGACUCGCCAUGGCUAUGGCGGAAAUCCUACACAUAGGAAGGACGUGGAGGUAGAGGAAGAAGACGCUUAGCAGAGCCCUUGUGGUUGGUCUGUCUGUGUUGAGAUUUAGCCAACCGCCUGUAAAGUUCCUCCGGUCUCCGACGCCAACGGCUUCAACUGCCGCAGGAUCCACGUCAUCCACGAGUUUUUCAACCACUACUGAGCUGCGCGCAUACAUGGCGCACCAUUGUCACGCAUUCGUCUGCCCUGAGCUCCCGUUUCGUCUGCUGCAGACACCUCUCGCUUCGCUAUUGGCGAGGUGAAGGAGCCUUUUGGAUAGAGGAGCUACGAGAUCUCCUCUUUAGCGUGUUGGGAAAUUGAUUCUAGCUCGCUUUUUGCGCUAGGUUUGUGCCCGUGAAUGGAUGCUGUGAGAGGGUUGGAUGUGGCUAAGUUUCUCUCUUAAGGGAUUUGGUCUCGAUGCUUCAAUUACAGGAAUUGAGGGUGAAGUUGUCAGGUGUUGGCUGAGCUUAGGCGAACGUGGGAUUUGGUUCAGGCGUUUUGACGUGAUUUGCGCUUGUUGGCUUGAUCCCGGCAGCGCGGUUGACGCUGCUGUGCUUGUUUGGGGUUGUGUAUGCGGUUUUGGUCCUGGUACGGUGCUUUCUAAGGAUAGAUUUAGCGACAUUCAGAGGUUAUUGGAGAAAUUGAGAGCUCUUUGAAAUAAAUUCCUCACGUGCGGUUUGGUUCAGCGCGCCUACGCUGCGUAGAAUUGCAUUCGACGGUUUCCUCCAUUUCAUAGUUUCCCUCAUCUACUCUCGGUUUUGAAGAUUUGAAUGGAUUGCAAGCUCGACGAAGCGACUCAGUCACGCUUGUGGUACUCUGGUAGAACCUAAUAUGCCUACCAGAAUUUAAUCACUUUCUGGUUAUGCAAAUGUUUACCACGUCCGAUUCUUUUCGUUCUUUUCUAGCAGUGGACUCUAUUCAAGGCUUGAGUAUUUAAUCAAUUUUGAUAUACCCCGUGUUACCCUUCUAGAACGUGCUUUCGUCUCUCUCUCGCUCUCUCCUGCCAAGGUGCUUCAGUGGCGUGACGUUUCUUUUUGCAAGCGAAGCUUUGUGUUCCUGCGAAGCUGUUUGUGAGAGAACGCUGCAAAGGUUGCAGUCUGGUAGAUAUUUUCUUCUGUCGCUUUCUUUCAUCCUAUCUCUUCAAAGUAUGGCAUGAAACUUACAUUCGGGAUUCAGAUGAUGAAUGCAAUUCAUAAUUCAGUCGAGAUGUUCUCUCAUCUGCCACCGAAUAGAUAAUUUCCAUUCGAGCGGGUGCGGAAGAUCAGCGGAGCAUAAGAAAUUCCGUCAUUGUGAAGUGCAAUACAAUAUGCCAGCAGUAGGUUCCUUGUCAAAGCAGGGGAUCAGCUCAAUGGAUCGAAUCACUCACCAACGUUUCUCCAGUUGCUGUCAAAUGCCCAAUCGCCUUCCUUCCCCUGUUGCUAGACAAAUGCGUUCUAUCUUUUCCUUAUCGUCCAUCAAGUGCUGUUUUCGCAUGGAAAAGGAUUCUCGUUCCAGCGAAUGGAAAAUUUACUCUUCGUCGCCCUCAUGGUCCUACUUUGAAGUGUAUGGCGAUGCACAGGGAUACAUGAGCACGGCUGACAGCAAGGUCUGCAAAUCACCAUGUGAACAGACGAUCCAUCGAGGGGGCUCAAGCAGAGUGUUAGCAGCAUGGAAAAAAAUUCAGUCUUGGAGUUCUGCUAAGGCCAUCAGCGAAGCUAAGAUCCGAGACAUAUCAAUUCCAACUCAGGAUGGUGUUGCUAGAGAGGAUCAACUCUUUGAUCAAUCGGAUGCAUUGUAUCAUCUAAAGGGAAGUUGGAAUUUAAAAGCCAGCCAGUAUGUUUCAUCACAGGCAGGUGGUUACGUAGGCCAGUCUAGGGAGUUCCGUCUUUCAAGAGCCCUCUCCCAACCUUUAAUCAAGAAAACAAAUACCAAAAGGGAACUUGCGGUAGCUGCUGUUACACAAGCUCUCACCCCUUAUCUUCUUUCACAUAGAGAUAGCCACGGAGAGCUCGGUCUCUGCAUGGAAAAUUUUCUUGAAAGUUUCAUGUCAUCUGCACAAACCAACGAAACGCGGUUUCGUGAAGAUAGGGUUCGCCGGAACCUUGAGAGUAUGUUGAAGAAAACUGAGGCGGCGGAGCGUGAAGUGAAAGCAAUUCAGUCUUGGAUAGAUGAUGCUGAAAAUCGCCUAUACUCAAUGCCGUCGGAGAGGGACAUUGAGUUUUUAGAGGAUCUCCUCGACAAUCUACUUUGUCACUCAGAAGAAGGAUUGGUACAAGAUAAACGUGACCAGUUCCUGCGAGCUGCCUCGAAUUUGAAGUAUUUCUUAUCGAAUAUGCACACGGUUGCUGAGAUCCAGGAUUUAAAGCAGGAAUUGAAAGAGAUUGACAAAGAAUUGUCCAGAUGUGACGAUUCUUGCAAAGAAGCUGUGAAUCUCCUACGCAGUGCCAUUGCCAGAGGCGAGUUCGCUUGGUUGCGGAACUUGGAAUCGGUUGCGGCAUGCUUGGAGGCCAAAGCUCGCACAGUGCUCCCUUUUGAAAACUCGUAUACAACUAACUCAUAGAAAUUUAGGUCUUCUGACGUCUGUGUACAGAAUGGCUCAUGAUUGUCAUAAAAAAUGUAGCAAUUGUACGAAACCAAACACUUGCCACACGCUCUGGUGGUAUUAGACAUUGUAGGCGAAGGUCGUCAAGCGUGGCUCAGGAUAUUGACGGUGUCUAGGUGGCUACCACGAACACACAAGCAAGCAUGAAGUUUUUCGCACAGCUUAUGUACUUUGUCGUUCUUCACGAAGUAGGAUACGUGCUGAUCCCUUAUCUUCAUCUUCUCAGUUUUUGGUUAUGAAGACUUUGGGUUAAACUUCAGAAGUUCAAUGCCACUCUGGUAAGGUGUAUCAGAGACAGUAAAGUUGGGAGAUCUUUAUCCGACUACACAGACGCGAGAAAUAUAUGAAGAAUUCUCUAAUCAAAGGCUAUGUUACUGCCCCUGAAAUUGGCAGAGGACUUCUAGUAAGAUUUACAGAAAGGAGCAACUCGGUGAUCUGGUUUGUCGUGUAGGAGAGCGGAGACGGAAAAUGAAAACUCUCUUCAUUCUCUUGACAUGUAGUGAAGAUAAGGCAGUGAGUGUGAGAAGUCGUAGACAGCUUGAUACUUGCUUGGCACUUGCAGUUGCACAAGAUGUUUCUGACUUCAAAAUUAAGGUGUCACAGACAAAUCUUUGAAUCGUCCUUCUAAACUUAAGUUGUCCACCUUCA